GUCAGUCGUUCGUCGACAUUCAAUCGAGAAAAGUGUAAAUUUCAAGUGAAAUAAAUGACAACGUAUCUUCAAAAACAACCAAUUUCCUAUAUUUUAUGUUCGGCUGUAAUGAAAUAAAAUAAAAUAAAAUGUUAAUAAACGAGCAAUGAAAUAAAAUUAAGCAAGGAAUAAAGAUGUAAUAAAUAUWUUACAAGACGUGAGUGAAGGAAUAGAAGUAAUGAAGGUGAAGUGCCACUCCUUUGUGUAAAACACGAAUGCGCCAGCAGUGGAGACAAAAGUACUAAGUGCAUAAGUGAAGAAAAGUCAGAUAAAAUAAAAAUAUAAGCAAAGACGGAAUGUGGAGUCAGAAAUAAAARUUCUUUGAAAAAGAUGCAGUGUGAUUGUACAGAACGAGAAGGGAAGUGAAUUGAAUGCAUCUGRGAAAUUAAUAGAUAAGAAAACAUGUAACUAGUACAUGUGAAAUUCAUGUGAAUGAAGAAACGAGUUUGUGUAUAAUUGAAUCGUAAUUGGUGAUUAAUUAAACUGCUUAWGAACGAAAGAAAUGUGCAUAUAUGAUGAAAGUGGAAUAUAACAUACACAAAUAGAAUGUAUUUUGUAUAAAGUAUUACAUGCAAAAUAAACUAAAAAUUUAGAGUCAAAAGUACGAGAAUUAGUCGUGGAGUAGUUGAUAUAAUGCACUCUAUAUAUUUUCGAGUCUUAAAGACUGAUCGCCACUAUGCAUACUAUUGAAAAGCUACGUGUGAGUCACGCAUUUUAGUAAGCAACAGCACAACACUAGAGCUAACAGAGAAGAAAAUUAAGGGUAGUAACAAACAUCAGCAAAUUUAGGUGUGCGCUACUAACAAAUUGCGUGUAAAGUAAACAUUUUUUUUAUUAAAAUUAUUAAAAGAAAGAAUAAAAUUCAAAAUAUUUUCUUUUAAUCAUACAAACAUAUUGUCAAAAUGACUAGUUUCACAAGUCUGAAAGGUUGGUUUGGUCGCAAGAAGGAACCUAUCUCAGAAAUCGGUAAUCCAACCAAUUUCCAACGGCAUUAUCAUGUGUCAAGAAAUGAAGAGACGGGGCAUCUUGAAGGUUUGCCUGCGUCCUGGACAAGACUCAUGAAUGCACAAAUUACCCGCGAUGAACAGGAUAAAAACCCUGAUGCUGCCUACCAUGCCGUUAAAUAUUACAACUAUUCCAUUAAGAAAAAGGACAAUGAUGUAUUUAAGCCAUUCAUUACUGAGGAGGCAAUUCACGAGGAAUCAAAAGAAAUAGAUAACUAUGUGAAUUACAAAAAUAAACACAAAUCACAUGAUCCAGAUAAAUCCGAUGAUGAUGAGUUAUAUGGAGGAGGAAGCUCUACUGGGGAAAGUGGUGCAUCGUCCAGUGGAAAUAGCAAUAGUAGUAGUUUCAAUGACAAUCAACAAGCCAUCCGUAUGACUGGAUUGAAUCAAGUSAUCAAAGAACUUGAGUCAAAUUUAYUAGCGCAACGMGAAACAUUGAAACCAAUUUCAUCAUUCACCGGUGACGACCGUCCUCCAUUGCCUGCCAAAAAACUGCAAACCUUACCCCCUAAACCAGUUUUAAAACCAAAGCCUAGAGCGGUAACUCAACAGCUUUCGCGCGGAGUCUCUGAUCUUACAACUAUCAAUGCAGAGGAACCUUUGAACAAGAUCAACACUAAUACGAUUAUCCUCAAUCCUGUGGCUCCAACAGAUGCUGAUACUGAACCAGCUGAGGAAUCAAUUUUGCGUAGAUCAAAAGAUAAACGUGCACAGAAGACAGACGCUGAAGUUUAUGAAGAACUUCGAGCUAUUUGCAAUAUGGACGAUCCUCGCGAGCGCUAUCACACUACGCAAGAGGUGGGUAAGGGUGCUUCCGGCAUUGUAUUCAUUGCAGGCGAUUUGCAAACCGAGGCGCAAGUUGCAGUUAAGACCAUCGAUCUUAAAAAUCAGUCUUCAAAAGAUCUCAUUCUUACUGAGAUACGUGUAUUAAAGGACUUCAAUCAUAAAAAUUUAGUAAAUUUCYUGGAUGCAUAUCUACUUGAACCAGAAGAUCAGUUAUGGGUAAUAAUGGAAUAUAUGGAUGGUGGUCCACUAACUGACGUUGUCACGGAAACUGUUAUGAAGGAAAGACAGAUCGCGUGCGUUUGCCGUGAAGUUCUUUAUGCAAUAAGUUUUCUACAUUCCAAAGGUAUCAUUCAUCGUGAUAUUAAAUCGGAUAAUGUGUUAUUAGGUAUGGAUGGUUCGGUAAAGGUGACCGAUUUCGGUUUCUGCGCAAAUAUUGAAGGUGAUGAAAAACGUCAGACUAUGGUCGGUACACCAUAUUGGAUGGCUCCCGAAGUCGUUACACGUAAGAAGUAUGGAAAGAAAGUAGAUAUCUGGUCAAUUGGUAUUAUGGCAAUAGAAAUGAUUGAAGGUCAACCACCAUAUCUUUAUGAGACACCGCUUCGUGCGCUCUAUCUUAUUGCGGCUAAUGGUAGACCUGACAUUAAGAGCUGGGAUAAACUGAGUCCCAGUUUACAAGACUUUCUUGAUUGUUGCUUGCAAGUGGAGGUCGAUAAACGUGCAACGGCUGAUGAAUUGCUACGGCAUCCGUUCCUUGACGAUUGCAGUGAAGUUAAAGCAUUGGUGCCGAACAUAAAAGCAGCCAAGAAAGUACUGCGGCGUAUGGUGUAAAAUCGCAUGUGAAGGGGUGGGAAGAUUAAAACAACAAUUGUCUAUAUAAAAGAACUGAUAAUGUGGGAUAGAUCGACGUGCAAUUGUAAUAUUGCUUUAGUGCAGUUGUAUUCAUGAGCUGUGCAAGAACGUUGUGUAUUUUAGUUGCCUAUUUAUAUACUACAUAGCUAUAAGUUUGUAUAAGAAAAGCCUUCGAUUGGAUAUGAGAAAUAUUGGGUACGAAAACACUUUUAAGAUCUGCCACAAAGUCUUAAUGCUAAGUCAAUAAGUGUGACAGAAGGGUGAAGACGAAUGUUGAAUGGAAUAUAGGGGAUAGGUGAAGUGUAUUGCUGUUGACAGAAAAAUGCUAUAGAAAACAUGAAUAGCGCAAYAGAAAUUUUAUGGAUUUUGGUGCAUUAAAUGAAGCAUGCGAGAACAUCGCUGGUCGAACAGUAUUGCAGUCGAAAGAUAAUUAGACGAUAAUUUUGAGUGCACCACCGGCAAUUAACAUGAAAUGCAACAUCCGGAGUUUGCUGAGCCUAACUAUAGCAUCAACAGUAGCGACAAAAAAUAACACCGUUACAACUACUACUAUUAUUAAUACUACAGCAACUACUACUACUACAAUUAAAUGGUAAUCAUUAUGAGAAAUAUCAGCAAAGUCUGACUUCCAUAUUUUUUACUAAACACACACACGCACAUCAUCAAACAGUAGUAAUAGAGUAAUUCUAAUUAUCGAAAAAAUUAUGAAAAUUAAGAUAAUUACUAUGUAUGUAGUUCUAUAACAAAUAAUCAUUACAAACGAAACUAUAAAACACGCGCAACUUUUUCAAUAGCAAAGACUAUAGAAUGGUCUUAAAUUCUUACAGUGGUUGUACUCCUUCAGCUGAUCAACUCAAUUUGUGUGUAAAAGAGCAUAGUUUAGAAGCAGAAAUUUAAAACAUGCAAACAAAGUAAUUUAAUUCCUAUUUUCCAUUGUUUCAAGAAUAUUUGCCUCAUUACUUUACUCAACAAUGCCAAUAAUUUUGCACUUUAUACCUAGGUGAAAGUGAGAGCUGAGUAACUAAAAAAAUUAUAAUUUAAUAAAAAUUAGUCAUAUUUCAAUACAUAAGCAAAUAUGUAUAUAAAUAAUUGCGAAAAAAGAAAAUACAUAUAAACGAACGAUUAGCGAUAUUUUCA